AUGACCUUUCCAAAGACACUCCCCAGCGGUUUUCUCGACCGCUUCCCAAAGCUCUCGCGUGAGCAGGCGGGCCACCUGCGACACAUCCACAAUCUCGCUACCGCGCUGCCUGGCGAGUACCCGCAUAUGGGCACGCAGAUCGCUGGCCAAGAAUGGCUCGAUUCGCUCCGAUACCAGCUCUCUGGGAUGGUUUAUGCCGCCUCGGUGGCCCACUACCACCGUCUCCCCGCCCUUCGCUCCGUUUUCCGCCAGGUCAUCGAAGCGCUCAUCGAGAAAAUGUUGUACAAAGAUGUUUGGUCCUAUUGGUAUCUCACCAGCCAGAGCGGCCGUCUCGUCGAUCCCGACAUCCAAGAGUUGCGCAAGCCGUGGCCCGACCCAGUCGUCAAGGAGAACAUUAUGUAUUCUGGCCACCUCUUGCUGAUGAUAUCCUUGCAUGCAAUGCUGUUCAACGACGACAAAUUUGAUCAACCUGACGCGAUCGUCUUCGACUGGAACCCAAUCUUUUGGGGAAUGGGUCCGGAGCGCUUCAGCUACACUCGCAGCACUCUUCAAGACGCGAUUAUAAGAGAAAUGGAGCGCGCCAACUGGAUCGGUGUCUGCUGCGAGCCGAAUUCCGUCUUCGUCGUCUGUAACCAGUUUCCGAUCAUCGCGAUGAGGUACAACGACAUUCGUAAAGGAACAAACACCAUCGAAGGAGUUCUCGAGAAGUACAUCGCCGCAUGGAAGUCAAAGAGCGGUUUUCUACAAGAAGACGGCUUAUUUGUCGACUGGUAUCAAGUAAAACAGGACCAACGCGUUCCAGCACAGAAUAUUGGUUUCACUGCGUGGGCCUGUACCUUCAUGAAUGCCUGGAACCCUGACCAAAUGAAGGCUUUGUUCCCCAAACAAGCACUGGGAUACCUCAGCGCGCCUUCAGCCGACGGCCGGAUCAACGUUCGGAGUGAUGCCAUCGCAAAGGCCAUUCGCCAGCUUGUCCAAGACGAGAAGGCGGAUGCGAACGAUGCGUCAGCGAUCCGGCGCGCGACCGAGAUGGUUGCCGCUGCCCCUCCGCCACCCACCGGCCCGUUUGUGCGUCCCAUCUUUGGCUACAUCGCGCAGUGGGCCUCCGAGGUGGCCGAAGAUCGGGCAAUCACGGACGGGCUUUUGGCUCAUGCUGACAAAUACCUCAACCCGACGUGGGAGCGGGGCGGCCUCUUCUACCCUCGCUCAGGGACCGACGACACUGAUGCUGACGGAAACUGGGUUCGUGUGGAGCCCUUUACGGGCAACGCAGCGAUCGCCUAUGCACGGCUGAACGUGUUUGACGGCCAGCGCAAGAUGUGGGACAAGCCGUGGACCCGAGAGCGGUUCGCGGACUACGCCUACGUUGACGGUGUCGGCUUGGGCGGUGGUGUGGACUUCCUGCGUGGAAUGUGGGAUGGGGAAAACAUGGUGGUGACUGUUCGUUCCUGGGACGAGUCAGAAAAGAGGCUCGCCCCGGCAUUCCACAAUCUGCCAAAGGGGAAAUAUGGUGUCUACGUUGACGGCGCACUUGCCGAUGUCAGGGACGUUGCAGCUCGGGGGGAGGUCGUGGAGGUGCCACUGACUGUUGGGAAGAAGGAGGUGGAUCUGGUUCUGGUAUUGGAAAAGUGA